AUGGUUGUCGAUACAAUUGAAUCAAUGGAAAACGAUAGAUUGGAGUAUAUAUUGGAGAAACAUUUCACAAACAGUUUUCGAAAGGGGCAUAUCACAGUGGACGGGGUUACGAUGCCUUUGAGGUUCAGAGAAAUGCAGGAGGAAAUUUUAAAUUGGGACGUUAACGAGGCAGAUGUGUGGAUUUGUAGUUUUCCAAAAACAGGUACAACCUGGACUCAGGAAAUGGUUUGGAUGAUGAUGAACAACUUCAAUUUUGAAAAAGGGCAAGUUAAUUUAGGAGCCAGGUCGCCCUUUUUAGAAGUUUCCGCCCUGUUUGACUUCAGACAGCUAAUGCAAGACAUCAAGGGUUUUGAGCCACCACCAUUUUUGCAAGAUUCUUUGGAAUUUGUGAAAAAUCAGGAAAGCCCAGUUUGCCUAAAAUCUCAUCUACCCUUCAACCUUUUGCCCAAAGACAUACAGACAGGACGCAAAAAACCAAAGAUUAUCUAUAUCAGCAGAAAUCCAAAAGAUACGUGCACUUCUUACUAUCACCAUGCUAAAAUAUUGGAAGGAUAUACUGGCAAUUUUGAAGAUUUCUGCAAAUUGUUUUUGGCAGGAAAGCUAUCGUUUGCUCCCUAUUGGAAUCACGUGCAUCAAUUUUGGAACCGAAGACACCAAGAUAACAUCCUCUUCCUAACAUACGAAGAAAUGAAAAAAGACCUUCCUGCAGUCAUCAAAAGAACUGCCAAUUUUUUGGGGAAGAAUUUCGACGAAAAAGAAAUUGAUAUUUUAGCCAGCCAUCUUAGUUUUGAAAGCAUGAAAAAUAAUCCUUCGGUAAAUUACGAAAUGGUCACUGAAAUGAAUAAAAAAUUCAAACUCACUGAGUCGACAGGUGAAUUUAUGAGAUCGGGAUCUGUGGGUGGUUAUAAGGCAGCAAUGACUUCUGAGAUGGUGGAAAAAUUUGAUAAAUGGAUUGAAAAAAAUACUAUUAAUACGGAUUUCACAUUUUACUAAAUUUUAAUUCAAAACAUGAAACAGCAACUAGUAAUAAGCAAGUACAUAGUUUUAAUUUUUUUUAAAAGUGUUACCUUUGUUUUAUAGUAACUAUAUUGGUUUUAUAAGUUUAUGUUAAUAUAAAAUUAAGAAUUACCUAGGUCAUUGCAAUUUCAAGAAAUGUCAAAUAAGGUGCGAAGUUUAUUAUUGUGUAGUAGAUACCUAAUUUUUCACCACCUUUUGCAUCCAAGUUGAAAAAUUUAAAAUAAAAACUCAUUUCAAAUUUAGAAAGACCAACACUUUUUUUUUCAACUAGAAAUUAAAUCAACUUAAGCAACCCAAAUAAAAUGUCACUGACACUAACCGAUUAAAUAAGCUAUCAGUAAACACAUGACAAUGCAAUUUUAUAUUUUUUGAACUUAGCUUUGAAUUUUAUUUCACAAAAAUAAAAAAAGAAACAUAAUAAACAGCCUCAUAAUUCCUAAACAAUAUGAACGAUGUAUGAUGUGUAUGUAUUUUCAAAAAUUGAGCAAGACCUUCUUUUCGCAACGUAGAUACAGGAAGUACGCACCUACCAAAGUUUAAACAAUUUCUGUUGUGACAAGCCUCAAUUUUAUUUUCACAUUUCAAAAAUACUUAUAAAAAAAAAAUAAUUACAUUUAGCAGUUAGGAUUUGACAUUCUUCAUUUAUUAUGGUGUCCCUACCUUUACUCAUAUUUGAUGGAAGUAAUUAAUUAGACUGGUAUUAAGUAGGUAACAAUAAUAUGAUAUUUUUACAGCGGAGCGCUUAUCUCGUUUAUCGUAGCUCAAAAUUGAAAUGGAUAACCCGCUUAUGUAGUAAAAUUAUUCAAUAUAUGGAUUAAAAAAUUAAUCGUGAUUGUCACUUUUUUUAUCUUCA